AUGCCAACGUCAAAAAAAACUUACAAGUAUUCUGUUGCAUUGAAUGUUAAUGUAGUUGAUGCACCUGGUACUCAAUUAACAACAAAAGGUGAUAUUUAUAUCAAUAUUUGUUUAUUGGGUAUACAUAAACGUACACAUUUAAUGCCACCUUAUUUUCCAAUGCAUAUUCAUGAAAAAUUUUAUUUCGAUAAAAUUUUUAAAUCAUGUUACAAUCCACGAGAUAUUAUUCAACGACUUGCACGUGAACAUGUUCUGUUUGAAUUACUUCAAACUAAUGUUCCAACACCAGUUAUUUUAGCAAGUUAUGAAAGAAGUGCAAAAGAUUUUCUUUAUCCAUAUUCACAUGAUCGAGUACAAUAUACGGGUUUAAAUCGUUAUAUUAUUCUUAAUCGUACAAUUGACUUUCCAGGAAUUACUCCUUCUUUGGAAUUUACUGUGAAUGCAUCUGUUGAUGAUAUAACUGGGAUAGCAAAGAGUAUUAAAACUCAUAAAUAUAUAGAACCUUUUGAUUCAUGUGAAAAACGCCCGAAAAGAUCAAAAUCAGUAACAUGGAAACCAGCAUCGACAUAUCCAGUUCGACCUUCGUUGAACGAUUCGGCUUAUGUAUCAAGUUCAGUAACAUCACAAACAAUAUCAUCAGCAGUAAAAGGUGAUUAUUCACAACCUCAAACCAAAGAAAAAUUACAAGAAUUAGCUGUACCAGGAAGAGUUAGACCGGUUGUUCCGCUCGAUAAAACACUCGGACGAGAACCAUUUGUCAUACGACAUGUCAACGAGGAUUUAGUUGGUCGUAAACCUCUAUCUCAUAUUGUCCUUGAUGAUGGUUUAGUUGUUAAUGAUUAUUCAUUCUCUCGUGAUAAUAGUUUCAUGUCAUUGUAUUCAUUAAAUGAUGGUUGUAAUUGUUCUCGAUCGGUUUCUCCAGCUAAUCGUCGUAGAAGGGGUUCAAGACGAGCACGAGCUCGGUCAACAUCACCAUCUCGUUGUUCAAGAAGAAUAUCUCAGUCUGUUGAUUUUGAACGUCGAGGACGUUCACGAACACCUGAUCAACGUUCUAGGUUACAUCCAAGAACAACAUCUUGCUGUAAUGAUUGUGAUUCUCCCUAUACAGAUGGUGGUAAAUCAUCUUUUAAUUUUUUUUCCAUUUUACUUCUAUUAGAAAAAUAUCUAGAAUUUCAUUCGACUAUAGAUUGUGCUAUAUGUCGAUUACAUCGUACUCAUAGUGAACGAAGUCGAAGAGCAAGAUCUUUAGAGCAGCAAAAUUUUGCGGCAACUUCAAAACAUAAAAUAUAUUCACCGGCUGUUUACUCCAGUAGUGUAUCGCCUUAUUUAACGAGUGCCACAUUACUUCGAGAUCCAUUUCGUUAUCGUCAUCGACAAUCGCCAGCAGGUGAACUAAGUGACAAGAUUCUUCAUACUCUUCGUCGUAAUCUUGAUUCUUAUAGUGCUCAACCAUGCCAUAAGUAUUAUUCUUCUUGUCGUUAUUCCGAUGGACAUGUUGAUGAUGAUGAAUUACUUGAACGAAGUCGUCGACUCACACAAGAUUAG